AUGGAAUACAAAUCCAACACCCCAAAGCUUCAAUCCCAAAGAAUCUACCAGCAAAUGACCACCCCAUCCCCUCCCAGAGGCCAACCACUUUGCGCAGGCGCUCAAACUCGCAUACAAGCUUUAAAAGAAGAAAUGGCCACCCUAGAGGAUGCGCCAGGCCUCCGAGAAUUAUAUUCUAGAAUAAUCAGGGACUACGAAACCGGAAAGAUAGUAUGGCAGAGAGGUGCAGGUUACGUGUAUGAUACCAAAACAUACGCGUGUUUGGGACGACAUACUGAAAUUUCGUCUGAGGUGUUACGGAAUCCGUCGACAUGGACUGAAUUUGUGAGUUUGAUACGUACAUCACGUUAA